AUGAUUGAUGCAAUCAGAAUUCUAAAGUCAGGUGACAAUAAUGAUUUCCAAAACUUUUUACGAACAUUCAAUAUACAUUCUCGUGAUGCAGACAAUAAUACACUGCUUCAUCAUGCUUGUUUAUUAGGAAAUGUUGAAGCUGUACGCCUUCUGUUAGAUAGCGGUGUUCAUGCAAAUAUUUGUAAUAUUGAUGGACAGACUCCAAUUUGUGAUGCAGCUUUAAGCGGAUCAGCUGAGAUUAUUUCACUUUUAUUAAAAAGUAAAGUUGAUGUUAAUCCACCAUCUUAUUGGGGUUCUCCGUUAAUUUAUGCCACACAAAAUGAAUCUCUAAAUGCAAUGAAAGUUUUGAUCGAUGCUGGUGCAAGUUUAAAUUCUCCUGAACGUAAUGGUCUCUGUCCGUUACACAUAGCUAUUCAAAGGAGAUUUUAUGCUGGAAUUUACCUUUUACUAUCUAAAGGUGCAGACCCAAAUCGUGGUGUACGAUUAACAACUCCUUUACAUAUGGCAGCUAAAUUGAAUGAUAUUGAUAUGACGUAUUUACUGUUAGAAUUUGGUGCAUUUCCAAAUUCUGUAGACCGAGAAAAUCAUACUCCAAUUGAUUAUGUGCCAAAUACAAGUCCAGUUUAUCAAUUAUUAAAAUCUGUACAAAAUCAAGUUCCAUCUUUACAAUCCCUGUCCAGAUUGGCUAUUUUCAGUUUAUUACGUUCUGUGAAAUUGCCCCCAGUUGAAUUGCUUUCUUUACCGAAUAUUUUAAAAGAUUAUGUAUUAUUUCGUCAUUUACAUUUUACAUUGGAAUAAAUUAUCUGUCCUAUUCAACUACUACUACCCAAUCAUCAUCCUGUGUUCAUUGUUCAAUGUUUUCUUAUUUUGUGAUUGUUUGUUUGUUUUGUCUUUUGUGUUGUAUUUUUGACUUUUGUUUUUUUUGUUUUUCGCCCAGCCCCAGUGAAAUAAUAAUCAUAAUAUUUUCAGUAGUUUUAUUCAUUAGUUCGUUGACUUCAUUAUUAUUAUUAUUAUUAUUAUUAUUGUGAUUAUUAUUCCUUUCAGUUUUGUUUCAUGGUAUGCGUGUGUGUGUGUGUACACUUUGUGAAAAGACGCACUAUGACUGGUUCGUUUGCAUGCUUGAUUACCACCAUUUGUACUGUACUGUACUGUACACUACUGUAAUGUAAUGCAGUUUUAUAACUAACCUCUCCCCAUUAUUGUUUGUGAUCAUUGUAAUCAGUGUUGAUUUCGGACAAUUUAAAUACUAUGCAAGAACUAUUUAAUUGAUUUGUUGAUUUUCAUGUGUUCAUUUUUUUCAUUGUAGUUGUUUUCCUGUUUCGUUCGUUUUGGUUUGUUUUGUUACAAUUGUGUGUGUGAGUCAGUGUGUGAGUGUGCGUGUGUGUGCAUUCAUAGCUUGACAGUGAGUUAGUUGAUUGUUACAUCUCCUCCUUUUAUUUUUGUUAGUCAAUUCCAUUCAUCUAAAAAUUGCAAUAUAAUUUUAAUUAUCAACUUUAGUAAUGAUCAUAAGUGUGUUGGCCUGAAAAAAAAUUUCAUUAUCCACAUCUCUGGACUGAGUUGUUAACAUUAAAAUCGAUUUCACACAAUUAGUUAUGUCAUUUUAUUUACUUUUGACUUUGACACGAAUCAGUUUUAUCUAUUGAUUGAUUGUAUGUGGAAAGUUAUCGAUUAAGAAAGUGU